AUGAGUAGUACUAGAUCAGAAGACAAUGGCGCCGCAGCCACCGCUUCCUCCGCCAGCGGCGACGGCGACAGCAUCGUCGAUCAGGACGUCUGGCUCGCCUGCGCCGUCCCGCUCUCCCGCCUCCCCACCGUCGGCGCCGAGGUCUACUACUUCCCGCACGGCCACGCCGAGCAGUGCUCCGCGCACCUCCCGGCGCCGCUCCCCGCGCCGCACCUCUUCCCCUGCACCGUCACCCACGUCACCCUAGGCGCGGACGACAAGACCAACGAGGUGUUCGCCAAAAUCUCCCUCAGCCCAGGCCCCCACCGCGGCGGGCCUUCUCGUCCCGACCCCACCAGCGACAGCAGCCCGCCGCAGGAGAUCAUGCUCAGCUACUUCACCAAGGAGCUCACGCAGAGCGACGCCAACAACGGCGGCGGCUUCUCCGUCCCGCGCUACUGCGCCGACCACAUCUUCCCCACGCUCGACUUCGACGCCGACCCGCCCGUGCAGAGCCUCGUCAUGCGCGCGACACCAGGGGCAACCCCUGGCAGUUCCGCCACAUCUACCGCGGCACGCCGCGCCGACACCUGCUCACCACCGGAUGGAGCAGGGGCCGCCGACCCGGACCAUCAGCCCCAGGCCCCGCCCCGCAACGCGCGCGCGCGGGUGCCGCCCCAGGACGUCAUGGAGGCCGCGCGCCUCGCCGCCGAGGGCAUGCCCUUCACCGUCACCUACUUCCCGAGGCAGGCCGCGGGGGAGUUCGUCGUCCCGCGCAGCGAGGUGGAGAAAGCGCUCGCCACCCGCUGGGAGCCAGGCACGCAGGUGCGCAUGCAGGUCAUGGAGGCCGAGGACACGCGCCGCACCGUGUGGGCCGACGGCCACGUCAAGGCGCUCCACCAAAACAUCUGGCGAGCGCUCGAGAUCGACUGGGAUGACUCCUCUCCAUUAUCACUAAAAUUGAGCAGAUUUGUGAAUGCUUGGCAAGUCCAGCUUGUUGCAUACCCUCCUCUUCCAAAUAGAGUGAGGAUUUGCGACCCAAUUGCACCUCUUUGCCCUGGAGAUGUCUCUUAUCCACUGAUCGGAUCGGAAAGCCAGGCAAUGGCUAUGAUAUUGGGGCCACCAAUUCCUGCUUGCAUGCAGGGAGCCAGGCACACCGGCCCUUGUGCUGCACCCUCUGAAUCUUCUGCAAUGCUCACGACUCAGUUGCUAUUCCCCCUAACCAACAGGGACUUCCAGAUGCCACCGCGUACAAGCCCCAGUGCUUCCUCUGAGAUUCUGGAUCCUGAAGCUGCUUCUCCUCCCAACAACUCAGUAAGCAUGCGUCCAGAGCUUCCAGUCCAAGUGAAGAGCAUACAGCUCUUCGGCGCCACGAUCACGCCCCAUGUUGUGCAGAGUGAAGAAGUGAUUGGAGCUCCUUAUGGCGAUGCUAUGGCUGAUGACAGUGUUGAAAAAGAUGUCUAA